GUGAUAUUUCACCAGAACAACUGAAAUCUCUCCGGCCAUAACCAAUUUCGCCGGCGAAAUCCCUAAUUCUACCGUCAGCCAAGGAUCGAUCAAAUUCCGGUUCAAUUUUCGCCAGCGAGAGACGAAGUGCGGGAAGAUUUAUUUUGAAAAGGCUUGAGGAAUAAUGAAACAAGGACCAUCUUCUGAAGAUGAUUGCUUUAGCUUGUUGAAGCAGUUCGAGCAUGUCCUUGAAUCUGACCCUCUUAUUGAUGAAGUAGGGUUUAUUCACCCCUCACAGUUCACCAUGCUCGAUAAAGAAGCAGGUUUCUCCAAUGAAUUCCAGCCUAACAAUGGAACCUCAAGCAAGUUCUGGAAUCAAGAUCACAAAUUGGGAAUAUCAACUGAUAUACUUGUUCAAUUAUGUAAAGAUGCCAAACAUGUGUUUCUGCUAGCGCUUCAGGAGUACAAAUCCCAUGGAAACGCAUGUGAUGAGUCUCAGAUUAAGAAUAUCUCUUGUUCUCCCUGUAUUCCCGAGAGUGACGUCAUGAAGCAUAGCCAAUCUGUUUUGCUGUUGAGCUCAGACUUUGGAACUGCAUGGAAUGCUAGGAAGUUGAUUUUGUCAAAAAAGGAUCACCUUUCGGCAUUCACAGAAGAACUUCGUCUUUCUGGGCUCAUUCUUUCAAAUUCCCCAAAGAGUGAGUCAACAUGGAGCCAUAGAAGGUGGAUAAUUAAGAUGAUUUCCCAGAGUUUUUCUACACUACAAGAGAUUAUAACCAAAGAAUCUGAGUUAGUGGAAUCAAUAGGCGAGAGAUCAAAGAUGAACUAUCGUGCAUGGUAUCACCGUUGCUGGUUGGUUUCUUACAUGACAAUUGAGCAGGUGAUACAAGAGUUGAACAAAUCUAAAAGAUGGGCUGGGCUUCAUGUAGCCGAUAGUUCUUGCUUCCAUUAUCGCAGACGGCUGAUGCUCAAGAUUCUGGAGUCACUUUAUGUGAAAGGAAGCAGCGCUUAUGAUAAAACUGAGGCACGCAAAAUCUGGAAGGAAGAGCUGGAUUGGAAUGAAGAAUUGGUAGAACGUUACGUGGGACGAGAGGCACUAUGGCUUCACCGGCGGUUCCUCUCUCUUAAUUGGAUAAUGUAUUUCGCUUGCAAUCAUUCAGAUGCUUCACCUGAAACCGGAGAGAGUAUUAUUAUGAAUGAAGAAAUUGCCAUCUUCAUUGAUAAUGAGAUCCGUCUUCUAGAUUCUUCUAUGACCGUUCCGGAUACCAAAUUUGAAGAUUUUCAAGCUCAAGCAUUGCAUGCUGCUGUCUACACGCUAUGGCUGACAAAGGUAACAGUGGUCUCUUCUUGUCCAAAUAAAGUCAUCAAAAAAAUUGCCACUAUUGUCAAUCUCACAAGUGCAGAAAAAUAGAUUGGGAGUUUUCCGUAUAGCAGAACGAUAGAAAUAUGGUUGACUUUGAUUUCUGAUAUGCAUUCGUUUAUAAGCAGAGCAUUCCAGUACUGUGGAGAAUGCUCGAGGAGAAGCUUGGAACAGAGAAAGUGAAGUGUGUACUGAACACAAUUGCUCAAGAGAGACCCUCGCUUCUGCAUCAUUUGGUGAAUGUCUGAAGACCCUCCAUAAAUUGGUGUCAAACCAUGUCUCAGGAUCUGUUUGAAUUGUUUUUUUUUUUUUUUUUUUUUUUUUUUUUUUCUAUUUUCGCCGAUAUAGCUUAAUGAGUUGAUUAAUGAAGAAGUUGGCCGAGAAAUCUCUGUCAUCAAGUGUUACACGAGUCUUCGAGUGGUGUAACCAAACCUAUUAAAAAAAUGAAUGAAGGUUAUAUAAGCUUCCAAAACCAGAUAUGUCGUAUUCCGUAGAGACAAACGAGACCGUCACAGCUAUCAAAGGGAACUAAGUAUAUUGUGUCCUCCUUCGCCUUCUCCCAAGGAGUAGGGAUCUUGACCGAUGAUGAGGAACCCAACACCAGUGUAGUUAGAUGUUUUAUAUCCGGUUUACAAUAAUCGUCACGCCAUAUGGAGACCAUGAGACAAACGAGACCGUCACAGCUAUCAAAGGGAACGCCAUAUGGAGACCAUGAGAACAUCUGGAUCACCUGAUUGCUGACGCUCUGUCAACUGUCUUUGUUGGAAGAAUGGAGAUUCGAUAAUUGAUUUCCAUUGUUUAGACACGGCCUUUGAAUCUCAGCAGAGAAUCCACAGCAAGUCUCUCUAGGAUGCACUCUACCACAUCGUGGGGCAGCGAUUCCGUCCUCGAGCAGCGUUGUUUUUACUUGUGAUUGCAGACUAGUCCUUGUUGAUGAAUAUACAGAGAGGCUUAUUUGCUUUAUAAGCAAGUAAUCUCACAAAUAAACUGGAAAGAGGAAACCUAUCACUCUUUUACCUAUUUCUUAUGAGCUUUGAAUAAAGAUACUGACCGUUGGGAAUAUCAAACCGAUAAUUAUGUAAAGAUGCUAAACCAGUUAUAUGCAUACCGCAUCAUAAAGCAUGUAUCAUAAUUCAUAGUCACACCUAAUAAAGAGAAUCGAGUUAUUAUAUAGUCAUACAUAAUAAAGAGAAUGAAUAGUCAAAUGGGC